AAUGUAUACUGCAAAAAUACAGCGUUUAGAAACUGAAGCCGAGCAUUUUGAAAGUAAAGAAAAAGCUAGAGAAAAAGAUCAAAGAUGCCGACUUUGCUCGAAGAAGAGGAAAAGUGACGCAAUCAAAUGUGAAAAUUGUGGCAAAAUAGUUUGCCGUCCAUGUGCUGUAAUUUUCCAUAAAGUUAAAGGAAAGAAACGCUUAGAAUUGUGGCGUUGUAAAUUAUGCGAGCAAAAACGUCACUUAAAGAUGGUUACAGAGAGUGGAUUAUCUGCAAAUUCAGUUGGAAGACCAUUUUCAAGAUCUCAUAGCGUUCCCAGUGAGCCUGUUGACGAAAAGAAGACUGCUAAACACCGACGUCGAUUACACAGCGAUACAGCAUGGCAUGCAGAUGAGGAAAGUGUUGCUAGGCAACUAAAGAAAGGGCAUUCUUUUUCUGACGAAGUCGAUGAGCAUCCAAGAGAGAGGAGAAAGAGUAGAAGUAGAAAUCCUCAGGAUGCUAUUUCUCUUGGAGAAUCAGCAGCGAGGCAAAGAACAAAGAAUGUAUCGGAACAAGAAGGUUUCUUUGACUCAGAUUCUAAUAGAACCUCCAUUCGGGAGAGAAAAGGAAGAUUUUCCUUCUCCCAUGCAGAGGAUAUCUAUACAGAUAACCAUAUGAAUGGAAUGUUUAAAACUGCUCAGGAUAUAGUGGAAAUGUAUAAUACAAACAAUAAGCAUCUAAUAAUGUCAAGAGUUCAGUCUGCUAAACUCCCUCCUCCAUUUCAGCGACGAAGAUCAAGUGAUGAACUUGUUAGAAAUAAAUCUCUCUUACAAAGACAUAAUUCAGUUUUAGACAAAUCGAGGAGGAGGGAAAUUUGGAUGGAAUCAGAUAAUAGAAUUAGGAGUUUAUGUCAAAAUGCCGAUUCUGAAAUGUCAAGAAGAAGACCUGUCCAAGAAAAGAUGAGACGGCUCAAACUGGCUGGCUUAAGACAAUACGAUUCUGUUGAUGCUGCUGACAUUCACUCAGAAAAGGGGCCUGGCCAUAAAUACGUUGAUUCAAGAUGUUUGGAUGGAACGCAAUCAGAUCAAACGAAUUCCCCUGUUAACUGGAACUUCCUAAAUCCCCACGUUUCCUUCUUUCAAAGGACUGAUACAGAGAGUGUUGACAGUGAUGAUUCAGGAACAGUUCGUAGAAAGAGUUUUGAAGAUAGAAUCAAAUACGAAGGAGAAAAAAAUAGAGAGUUCGUACAACAAAAAGAAGAGUUUUCAAUUCAACGAAGAGUAAGUAGAACUUUAGAAGAUAUUGAAGAGGAAAGACGUCGGUCGAUUAAGCAUAAAAAAGAGUCCAAAUGGGUUAUACCGUCCAUGUUGAUUCAGCAGCCAACAAUAGAUUUAAUAGAUACAGAACUUGAAUAUAAUCGAAGAAACAGUAGGGUUCAGUACAUUCAAGAAAAUGUUGAAGGUUCUGCCUCAAGAGUAUUCUUUGUAUUCCACACAGCAAAUGGUCUAGGAAUGAGGGUUGUUGGAGGUAAAAUGAAUUCUGAUGGAAAACUAGGGGCAUUUGUUGUUGAUGUUCAAGAAAAUAGCUUAGCUAGCCAAUACGGCAUUGUUGAAGGUGAUCAAGUUUUAGAAUGGAAUGGAAGAAGUUUAAUAGAUGCAACAUAUGAAGAAACUCGAGAAACUAUUUCGUCUAGUGGGGAUAACGUUCAUUUAAUUUUAAGUCAUAUCAAUCUAACUCUAUUACUAAUAAAAGCAGCAUUAUUAAAUAGUAAUUCUUCCUCUUUAGAUGACGAAAGGAAAACAGCUCAUCAUAAAAACUUGCAACCCGAAAAUUGUUUGUCACCUCAAACUUCAGGAUCAAUUGAUACUAUAAAAAGAACUCGACAUGUUAUUGGCAGAAUAAAAAUAAGAAUAAAUUAUAGCGAAAUAGAAGAUAGUUUAAUUAUAGAUGCUCUGAAAGGAGAAGAUUUCCCUGUAAGGGAAGGGCCUGAAAAAGAUAUGCCCCAUUCUUACAUUAGAAUGAGAUUACUACCUAAAAGAAAGAGAAGAGAAAGAUUAAAAACGAGAAUUUGUGAAAACUCUUGCAAUCCUGAAUGGAAUGAGACUCUAGAGUUUAAAGAAGUUGCAAAAAGUGAUCUUCCAAAGUCUACUUUAGAAUUAACGGUUUGGGAUGAUCCGUCUGACAAUGUCCAUACUUUUAUGGGUGAAAUACUAUUGGAUCUUUCCGAUAUAGCAUCAACCGGUCCUGCAACAUGGUAUAAUUUGGAAGAUCACGACGAAAAUAGUUGUGGACUCCCAAGUCCAACACCAAAAGCUAGACGAAAAUCUUCAGAUUAUGAAAGGCCAAAUUGGUCAAGUUUACCAGCUCUUCCAGCAACACCUGCUCACGAUAAAUGUAAAGAAAUUCUAAACAAGAAAACGGGUAACGAAGAAGAACGCAACGCCGGUAGUGCUACUGACGAGGUGUUUUUGCAAGUUCCGGGAAAAUCCAAGAGUAAAUCUACAAUAAGACGUUUGUCUGAUGUUUUCCAAAAGGUUACAGUUGUCUUACAAGAUAAAAGAUCGAAAAGUCUAGAUUCCUCCGAAGCGGCUGCUAACGAGUGUCGAUUAGCAAGCAAAAGUCACAGUGCUCACAAUCUUAAGAAGUUACGUAUGAGAAAAGAAGACUCAAUAGGUGGAAAGAGUUCAAGAAGUGACGCAAGUUCAAGAUCAAAUUCAAGGACUUCGGCCAGCGACUUAGAAGACAUUGAAGAAAAUUGGAAGAAAGAUGGAAAGGAUGACAUGUCGGUUGUUUUCGGUCCCGGUCAAAUAUUCCCAAAACGAAACAAGUGUCGCCAAUUUAAGGGUGAUAUUAAUUUAGGAUUUACAGUAACAAAAGGACAAUUGGAAGUUGACGUUGUAUGCAUACGAGACUUGCGUAUAGAUCCAUCUGGAAACCCACCAGAGAUUUAUGUUAGAACACAGUUAAUUGAUGGUAAGAAGAAAACUCAAAAAAAGAAAACAAAAUCAGUCAAAGGUACCUAUUCACCAAGUUUUCGUCAAAAAAUAAAGUAUUCAGCUUGUAACGUAAAUGGGCGAUGCUUAGAAGUUCUUAUAAAGAAUAGAGCAGCUCGAAAGUGUAUUGGAGAAGUUUUAAUAAGAUUAGAUAAUCUUGAUUUAUCAAUAUAUUCUGCAAACUGGUAUAAAAUAUUCCCAGAAUCUUCAAAUGAUCAAACUUUAGCCGAAAUGUUUUAA